GCUCUAUUCUAAACCGUCCGCCAGAACACUCACAUGCACACCGCUACUUCCUGGAUGGAAGAAUGGAACCAAAGACAGUUCAGUACGUUUAGAAAGUCUGUGAUGGAACGCUUCCAGCACUGCCUUUGCAACAUUCUCUCUACAUUCAUAAGUGGCGCCGCGGGUCACCGCUGAAUGGACGAACAUAAUCAGUAGCCUAUUCUUCGACCAUUUUUUUCCCCUCAAGUUGACGAAAUUGAGUCGGGCUCGUUGACUUUCACCUAUAGGAUUCACUUUGGGAAUGUAGAAAGGAAGCUUGGAUGCAUGUGGCCGACUGUGACAAAACUAUUUUUCUGCGGUUCACAGCCGUUGAUAUUCCUUGAAACAGAUGCUUAAUUGGCUUCAAGUGAAUUGCCAUCAAACUACACUCAUAUCAGACACUGCAGUUGGGUUUGCGUCCUAUGUGCUAACGUCUGUUUUCAACAAUCAAGUUUAUGUAAUUUUGUAGACCUCAAACUUUGUCACCCGUUGCCUUCUUGUUGCUCUCGAUGAGUAUUUUGACAUGCGGAGAAUACUGGAACCGAGUCACUGGUGGACCUUACCCAUAAUUUUUUCAGCCUUGGCCGUGUUUACCGACUGUCAUCCUGCUCUACAGGGUGGCCAGUCGGGGUCAGUAGGAGAGGAGCACCAUGGGAGCAUGGGGGGCGGGGUGAGGGAGAGGAGGGCCACAGGAGGAAACUCCUACUGGGCUUAUUCCGGGAACCACAGUCCUGGGGUCUGGGCCUCCUCAUACCCUGAGUGUGCGGAGAGGAACCAAUCACCAGUGGACAUCUCAGACGAGGAUGCCAAGGUGUCUCAGGAGUGCCAGGAGCUGACCCUCAACGGGUUCAACGCCGAGUCAUCCAACAAGACCUCCAUGAAGAAUACAGGAAAGACAGUGGCUGUUCUGCUGAAGGAUGACUAUUUUGUACGGGGGGCAGGACUACCUGGACGCUUCAAGGCGGAGAAGAUAGAGUUCCACUGGGGUCAGAGUAACGGAUCAGCAGGGUCGGAACACAGCAUCAACAGCAGGAGGUUCCCCGUGGAGAUGCAGAUAUACCUGUACAACUCAGAUGACUUUGACAGUCUCAGUGCGGCCAUCAAGGAGAAGCGCAUCAUUGCUGCGAUGGCUGUGUUUUUUGAGGUGGGGCGGCGAGACAAUCCAGCCGUAGAACCCAUCAUCCAGGGACUGAAACGGGUCGUACACCACGAGAAGGAGACAUUCCUGAGUUCAUUCGUCCUGAGGGAUCUGCUACCAUCAUCGUUGGGGAGUUACUACCGAUACACAGGCUCUCUCACCAUCCCGCCCUGCAGCAAGGUGGUCGAGUGGAUCAUCUUAUCCAGACCCGUUUUCCUCUCCCACUCACAGCUGGAGGCGUUCUACUCCAUCUUCACCACGGAGCAGCAGGACCAUGUGAAGUCGGUAGAAUACCUGAGAAACAACUACAGACCCCUCCAGGACCUGGACAACCGGGAGGUGUUGAAGUCUGCUGUUAAAGAUGCCUGGCAGAGGGACCUGACCGACAACCUGGGACUGGGUACAGAUGGCACCACAGACGCAUCCAGAGUCUGUAGCAGUGCCCCGGUCAACAUGAAGAUCCAGCCGCUGAAUGGCACUGCCCUGGUGGUGAGCUGGCAGCGCCCGCUAGUGGUUUACCACCCGCCUAUCACCAGCUUCAUGGUCUCCUACAGCUGGGUGAAGAGUGAUGUGGCCUACGAGAAGACCUUCACCAAGACUGGGGACCAGAACAUGAAGGCGGUGAUAACCCAUGUGUCUUCAGACAUCCUGUAUCUGUUCAGAGUCCAGGCGGUGUGCCAGAGAGACCUACGCAGUGACUUCAGCCAGACACUGCUCUUCAGAGCUAACACCACCAGGAUAUUUGAGGGAACACGGAUAGUGAAAACUGGAAUGCCCACUGUCUCCCCAGCCUCCUCGGCAGACAUGGCUCCCAUAAGCUCCGGAUCCUCUACCUGGACCUCCUCUGGCCUCCCCUUCUCCUUCGUCUCUAUGGCUACAGGGGGCAUGGGCCCCUCGUCCAGCGGCAGUCAGGCCACGGUAGCAUCGGUGGUAACCAGCACCCUUCUGGCCGGCCUGGGCUUCAGCGGAGGGGUCAUCUCCUCCCUGCCUGGCUCUCUCUGGCCCACCCAGGCCCCUGCAGCCAGCCCUGGGUCUAACCCCGGCCCGGGUCCCAGCCGCCAGCCUGCCCAGCCCCAGGCCUCCACCAAGCCCCCCACAGCCCCUCAGGGUGGUUCUGACACGGACACCCCCACAGAGGAGAAGGAGGUGGGGGUGGACAGGGAGAACGAGGCGGAGGAGGGAGAGGGAGAGGAGGAUGAAGGGGAAGACGACAGGAGGAGGAAGAAGAAUAACAAGACAGCGCCUGAUGAGGUGGAGAUGCAUCUAAAUGACACUGUGGUCAAAGAGCCCAUUUCCGCCCUCACCCCCACAGCCACCGCCAAAGAGAAAGGACAGGGGCAGGGAGAGCCUGUUGCUAACAGCACCACAGUGCCAAUAAGUGGAGGGGAGGACCAACUGGUCAGAGUGGACAGUAACACAGGGCCCACUGUGGAGCCAAAGAACGACACAGCAGAGAGAGAGAUACAGAUUCCCCAGAGCCCAACACGCUCCCCAAAGACUAGCGGGGAAGAGAAGAGCCUUUGGCCUUUCUCUGUCCACACUGACAGGACCAGUGUGUCCAACAUGACCCGCAGCCCUCACCCCGGGGUGGGCAGGAUGGAGUGGAUCAUCCCCCUGGUGGUAGUCUCUGCGCUCACUCUGCUCUGCCUCAUCAUGCUACUGGCUGUCCUGGUCUACUGGAGGAGGUUUUUCCAGACAGCUCACUUCUAUGUGGAGGACAGUAGUUCUCCCAGGGUGGUGGCCAAUGAGAACAUCCCCGUCAUCCCCAUCCCAGAUGACAUGGACGCCAUCCCCGUCAGGCAGUUAAUCAAACACAUCAUGGAGCUCUACUCCAACAACCUGCACGGCUUCUCUGAGGAGUUUGAGGAGGUCCAGCGCUGUACGGUGGACCUGAAGAUCACAGCAGAACAUUCCAAUCACCCUGACAACAAGCACAAAAACAGAUACAUCAACAUCGUGGCCUAUGAUCACAGUAGGGUGAAGUUACGACCCUUGACUGGAAAAGAUGCCAAACACAGUGACUUCAUCAACGCUAACUAUGUAGAUGGUUACAACAGUCCCAAGGCCUACAUCGCAGCCCAGGGCCCUCUCAAGUCCACUUUCGAGGACUUCUGGAGGAUGGUGUGGGAACAGAACACUGGUAUCAUCGUCAUGAUCACUAACCUGGUAGAGAAAGGAAGGAGGAAAUGUGACCAGUACUGGCCCACAGAGGGCAGUGAGGAGUAUGGCAACAUCGUGGUCACUCUGAAGAGUACUAACGUUCAUGCCUGCUACACACUGAGACGAUUCCUUAUACGGAACACCAAAGUCAAAAAGGGUCAGAAGGGCAACCCGAAGGGGCGUCAGAACGAGCGGAUGGUGAUCCAGUAUCACUACACCCAGUGGCCUGACAUGGGCGUGCCAGAGUACACCCUACCUGUUCUCACUUUCAUAGGGCGCUCCUCUGCAGCACGUACACCUGACAUGGGCCCCGUCCUAGUCCACUGCAGUGCUGGAGUCGGGCGGACAGGGACGUACAUCGUCAUCGACAGCAUGCUGCAGCAGAUCAAAGACAAGAGCACAGUCAACGUCUGGGGCUUUCUCAAACACAUCCGCACACAACGCAACUACCUGGUUCAGACAGAGGAGCAGUACGUGUUCAUCCAUGAUGCCCUGAUGGAGGCCAUCCUGGGCAGUGAGACAGAGGUACCCGCUUGUCAGCUCCAUGGUUACGUCAACAGCAUCCUCACCCCCGGCCUGGGGGGCCGCACGCGCCUCGACAAGCAGUUCAGACUGCUGACCCAGUGUAACACCCACUUCAUAGAGUGCUUCAGCGCCCAGAAAGACUGCAACAAGGAGAAGAACCGCAACUCCUCAGUGGUUCCAUCGGAACGAGCUCGAGUAGGACUGGCCCCUCUCCCUGGAAUGAAAGGCACAGACUACAUCAAUGCCUCCUACAUAAUGGGUUACUACAGGAGUAAUGAGUUCAUCAUUACCCAGCAUCCUUUGCCCCACACCACCACAGACUUCUGGAGAAUGAUCUGGGACCACAACGCCCAAAUCAUCGUCAUGCUUGCUGACAACCACGGUUUGGCUGAGGAUGAGUUUGUGUACUGGCCGAGCAGAGAGGAGGCGAUGAACUGCCUAGCCUUCACCGUCACCCUGAUCAGCAAGGACAGAUUGUGUCUCUCCAACGAAGAACAGAUCAUCAUCCACGACUUUAUACUGGAGGCCACGCAGGAUGACUAUGUCCUGGAGGUAAGACAUUUCCAGUGCCCUAAAUGGCCGAACCCAGAUGCUCCUCUCAGCAGCACCUUCGAGCUCAUCAAUGUCAUCAAAGAGGAGGCCAUGACACGAGAUGGACCCACCAUCAUACACGAUGAGUUUGGGGCAGUGUCUGCGGGGACUCUGUGUGCCCUCACCACCCUGUCUCAGCAGCUGGAGAGUGAAGGGGCUGUGGAUGUCUAUCAGGUGGCUAAGAUGAUCAACCUCAUGAGGCCAGGAGUCUUCACAGACAUUGAGCACUAUCAGUACCUGUACAAGGCCAUGCUGAGCCUGGUGAGCAGCAGAGAUAGCGGGAUGUGCCCGCUCUACAUGGACACUAAUGGAGUGGUUGUCAUAAUGGACGAAUCAGACCCUGCAGAGAGCAUGGAGUCGCUGGUCUGACUGACUGGUCUGACUGGUCACUGGUCUGACUGGUUACUGGUCUGACUGGUUCUACUGGUCUGACUGGUUCUACUGGUUACUGGUCUAACUGGUCACUGGUCUGACUGGUUCUACUGGUCACUGGUCUGACUGGUUCUACUGGUCACUGGUCUGACUGGCUACUGGUCUGACUGGCUGUAUUGGUCUGACUGGUUACUGGUUGUACUGGUCUGACUGGUUACUGGUCUGACCGGUUGUCCUCGUUUCUGGUCUGACUGGUUACUGGUCUGACUGGUUACUGGUCUGACUGGUUAUUGGUCUGACUGGAGUCAUUAGUCUGAAUGACCACACCGUAGCUCACACCACCACCCGAAGGCACUUAAUUUGUACAACUCUGAGAAACGGAGAGAACUUUGGAGGACUUUCCCGAGGCCUUUUUUGCCAGAAAUAUUGGUUAAAUGAAUACCGGUAACCUGAUUACCUUUUUUACACUGAUGAUAUAAUGUUUUUUGAUAUUUAUUUGUUUCUUCAUUAUUUUUGUCUUAGUUGUUAUCCUGCUGAGGGUUCGCACCUGUUUAAGUUGUUUCACGUGUGGAAAAAGAAAGAAGCUCUGUCCAGUUUGCACUAUACUUUCAGUGUUACUGCCUAAAACCCUGUUAGAUAAUACAGUACAGUUAGCUAGACCCUGUCUCCACGCUCCACUACCUGCAUUGGAACCCUUUUUGGAUUGUGGCAAAGAAAAUACUUUCGCCUCAAUGAAUGAAUGAACAAUGAAGACCAAGGACGACCCUACAGGUCAACAUGAUCUUCCAGGCCAAAAGAUUUCUUAAUACAGACCAUCCCAGUUCAGUACAUUUUAUUACAGUACAGUUCACCCAACAUGCAUUGCAUCACUAUCAUCUGGCCAACACUUCUUAUUUUGGAAACCCCACCUUAUCCAAGGAACAUUUUAAUCUGUAGAGAUACUAUGUUACUUAUACAUAUUAUAACUAUAUUACCCAAAUAUCCCCAUUCAUAUUUGUAGAUUUUACCCAUAACUUAGAUUUUUUUAAAGUAGUAUUACAACUACUGUGAACAUUUAUUGCUUUAUAUUAAGAUUUAUAUUGUUUUGUAAUAUAUAUAUGACUAUAUCCUUUAUCAAAGUAAGCAGCUGGUUUUGUAUACUGUAUAUCAUUCCCCCUCUCGCCUUGUGUGGAUCAAGACCCGUAGUGUCCAUUUUGUCCAACCCAGCUCUACAUGUGGCUUAUCUUGCAUCAACUGUUUUACUUAAUAUAAAGUUUACUUCAUAAAAUACAGCUUUCAUCUUACCAAAUUAAUGGAGUUCUCGUAGUCUUAACAUCAUCUCGAGGGGGAGUGUUUUUCUUUCAUUAUAACCAAAGACGUGGUUGAAAAUUGCAACAAGAAAGUUGUUUGACCAUAAUUGGACUAAAACAUUAUAUUAUUACAUGGUUGUGCAAUGUUACCACAAAGUUCUUAGAAUGUGUCUCGGACAACGAUCGGUCACAUGAAGCGUUCAUCCUAAUGAAAGUCCAUAGUGUAAGUCCAUACUUCACCAUGUGAAAUUAUGUUUGAACUGGAUUUGAACUAACCACUACACCAAACAACAAUAAUAUCAACUUUACUCAUUCAUACUGUACCCUGUAGCUAUACCCUGUACUUAUACAUAGAUGCUGUAGUUUCCUUUUUUUCCCCCUCUUCUCUCUCGACGAGAAGCUUCUUAAAUGAAGUCACAACUCUCCAACAUUUGGAGAAAAGUCCUGACUUAUUACAUGCUUAUUUGUCACAAUGGGAAACAGUUAUUGGCAGCAAACAACCAUUUGUUUUGCAUGUGUAACUUUUAAAUGUAUCUCGAUCAUUAUUAUUAACGUUACGCUUUAUACAUAUUUCAUUUAUAACAUGAGUGUAAUUUCCUAUUUCGAAGGUAUGUACAUAUUUACUUCAAGGAUCAGUCUUCUUGGACGUUAUAAUCUUUGCUGUGUGAUCGUUAUAGACCUUUAUUUUCAUAUGAAGCUUUUUUCUUUGUAACAUUAUCCUCCUCUCAGUCAUUGUAUUCGUGGUGAGUAUGUAGGAAUCAUGUCUCCAUGGAUACAAGUAGACUGCCAUCACCUUCCAACACAAGUCCAUGACUGCUUCCAAAAUGGCAUCCUAUUAUCUAUAUAGUGCCCUACAUUUGAUCAAAAGAGGUGCACUAUAUACAGUAGGGAAUAGGAUACCAUUUGGGAUGUUCCCCGUAAAUAAUUUGUUUUUCUCUCGGGGUCAAGAAUAUGUUAUUCCUCCCCAUUUUGAAUAUCAGACUUUUGCUAUAGACUACAUCAGACCAGUGUGUGCUAUGGAUGAAAAAGAUCCCGGGAGUCACUGAGUAACGUUUGCCUCCUCAACCCGUCUAAGCAAGUUCAGCAGUUGUUCUAUUUUGUAAACGUGAAGAAAUGAAAUGGUUUGGUCCAUUUAUUAUAUUGUCAUUGUAUGAUAGUGCCAUGGUGUUGUAUUACCAUGGUACUGUCAUAUGAUAUAAUAUUAUUAUAGUGUAAUAGUGUUAUUUAAUAUGUAAAUUGUAUUGCUAUACAUUAAAUAAAGUAUGGGUUUUGAUGUA